CAGAAAACCUAAGCCAUGAUGCAUCGCAUUAUUUCGCUCCUCCUUUUGGCUGGCUCAGCGUACGGUUGGCUGCCAGUGGAGCAGUGGGGCUCUGGGAAUGUCACGGGCAGUGUGGGAGAAUCCGGGCAGUGUAUCUGCAAUGUCUUCCUUCCCGACACUACCUUCCCGGCAGACCGUAUGGAUAUUGUGCAGAUCACUUCUAAUAAGCUGUCUGCCGAUGUGGAAGUCUAUAUUAAAAAGUUAACUUCUAUGAAGGCCGAGCUGGUUAUUCUUCUCUCGGAGCUCACCAACUUGACCAGCCGUUUAGAGAUAGUGGAAAGCGGGCCUGACAAGUACAUCAAACUGGAGUUUGAUCUCCUGAGGGUCGAACUGCGUGAGUUUGAAUCACUGGUCACACACCUGAAAACAUCCCUUAACUCCUCCUCAUCUAUCUUCGACAGUCUUUACAGUGAGAUCCGCAAUAUGAGCCUGACUGUAGAUCAGCUGGAAAGCUAUGACCGGAGCAACUUAGAAGUGAUCCGCCUUGAGUUUAUGAAACUUCAGAAGAAGCUGGAGAAAUGCAGAGAUGAACAAGACGACUUCUCCAAUGCAGCGAUCGGUUCCUGUAAGCAUGGCGGCAUUCUAAGAAUCAGCAAGCCCGUAGUUAGCCAGCUGAAUGCAGAUCUGAGUGGAAGCUACUUGUACGGAGGAUGGGGCAAAGACUCUAGCCCUGUGUCUGGUUAUGAAAACAUGUACUGGUACUCUGCUUUCUCUAGUACACUGCUGAGUAGAAUUCAUGUUUAUUCAGACUAUUACAAAUUAAUCAUGAGACAGCCAAUGAAAACCUAUGAGCUUUAUACCAGUCAUGAUUGGAGAGGUUUGGGCAAUAACUACAUUGUGCGUGGUAACACACUGUACUAUCAGUACAGGGAACCGUUCAGCAUGGGGAAAUACAACAUGACCAGUCAGACGGCAGUGUACAGGGUGGUGCCAAGCGCCAGUAACAGGUUCUCCUAUCAAUAUUCCGACAGUCAGAAUUUAGACUUUGCAGCUGAUGAGAGUGGAUUGUGGGUGACGUACGCUACAGAGGUAACAAAGGGUAAACUGGUGCUGGGUAAAAUAGAUGAAGCAGCGUUUGCACUUUCAGAGGUUUGGGAAACCAACAUUUUUAAACAAUCUGUCACGAAUGCCUUCAUGAUAUGUGGCAUUCUUUAUGCUACACGUUCUGUAGAUACCCAAACUGAAGAGAUCUUUUACACUUACAACACACGCACGAGACAGGAUAACUAUGUUAGCAUUAAGUUUGAAAAGUUCCAGGAUUUCUAUGUCAACUUGGACUAUAACCCUAGAGAUCAGAAACUCUACAUGUUCAACAAUGGCUAUUACGUCUCUUAUAAUAUUAAGUUUAAGAGUGACUAGACAUUCUCUGUCAAACCAAGUAUACUGGAAUGUUUGAAGGUGUGCGUUUAAUUCCCUGGUUAAUUAUGAGGACAAAUGUAAUUUUCUGUUUUGGAAAUCAAUAAAAAAAUAGUUAAAGCAUGAA